AUGGGGUCAGAACUCGGCAUCACCGCCGACUCCAAGCCGGUCGCCGACUACAGCCCCGUCAGCAUCUGGUGGGCAACAUGGGCCGCCGUCUGGACCGUCGCCGUCUCGCUCGGCAUGGCCUAUCUCAUCGUCCGCCGUGACACCCCCGUCCUCCGAAUCCGCAGUCUCGGUCUCUCGCUCUCUGCCAUUGUUCUUCUUCAUUUGUACUACACCAGCGUUCAGUUCGGCACCAUGAUGGGCGCCCUCAUGCCCGGCGAUGCCCAGUACUGGAUCAUGGGCACAUACCUGCCGUGCGGCAUGGCCUUGUUCUACGGCUCCAACACAUACUUUCUCCACGUCGCCAAGCUCCAGAAACGAUUUGCUCCGUAUGGGAGUCGCUCGGGCGAUGCGCCUUCUAGCAACCGGGGUGGCUUCAUCGGUCGGUUCCGUCGUCUUGCGUAUACUACACGGGUGGUUAUUCUGGUUGGGAUUGCCAUGGCUAUUCAGGUACAUCCCCUCGAUAUUAUUAUGGCGAUCUUGUCUAACCGGUCAGCUCUUCCUCACCGUCCUGAUGUGGUUGAUCUCGAAAAAGUUCCACAGCUCCUGGGGCAUCCCGGGCACCGAAGUCCACGGUCCCCCUAUGGCACAAAAGGCAGAGCAGGGCCGUGGCUGGGAAUGGUGGCCCGGCGUGCUCUCGCAGGUCUUUUGGUGCUGGAUCGUCGCUCCUAUCAUUCUCUGGAGGUCGCGUAA